GCCUAGGCAGGAGCAGGAGGGGUUUCGGAGUGAACUGCAUGCAGGAAACAUCUCACAUCCUGAGUUUUCAGGACUCUUUUCGCUCCGCUCCGCAACUGUGCAUUCAUGGGGCUGGGACCAGCUGAUCCAAGUUUGUCUUGCAGCCUGGAUUAAGAAUGUCAGAGCGCUUCCAGGCAGAACGACCACGCAGCCCUCCUUUCCCUCGCCCCCCGACCCAGAUACUCUGCCUGCUGCUCAGCCUCUUCGUUACACCGCCACCCGGGUCCCGAGGAGAAACUGCUGAAAGUAAACUGGAAUUCCCUAGGCAAUGGAUUCGAAGAGAACAAGUAGAACACUAUGGCAUAACCAUCCCUUAUCUUUUGAGUGGUAAACCAUGGAAACCAAUAAAGAAUCUUUUUGAACAGACUCACCCAGCAAUGCUGAAAUUUCUUAUACAAGCUGAAAGUGAACAACUUGUCAUCAGUCUGGAGAGAAAUGAUGGUCUCUUUGCUGGCAACAUCACAGAAAUGCAUUAUUUGGAAGAUGGUACUAGCACUAUUAUCACGCGUAAUUACACGAAUCAUUGCUUCUAUCAUGGCCAUGUACAAGAAUAUGCUGAAUCUGCAGUAAUUUUGAGUACAUGCUCUGGACUCAGGGGUAUUAUUUUUUUUGAAGAUAGAGCCUACAUUUUGGAGCCACUGGAAGGUGCUAUGAGUGAACAUAUAAUCUAUAGACUAAAACACCCAAACCUAAUCCUGGGUACAUGUGGCCAUCAUCUCAAUCUUACAGGCGUCACUUUGCGGGAUACUGCACAGUUUAUUGCACAGACAUUUACUAGCAGACACAAAAGAGAAACUCUAAAAUCCACCAAGUAUGUAGAGCUCGUUAUUGUGGCUGAUAAUCGUGAGUUUCAGAGACAAGGCAAGGAUGUGGAAAAAGUGAAACUGAGACUGAUAGAAAUUGCAAACUACGUUGAUAGAUUCUACAGGCCAUUAAAUAUUAGAAUAGCCUUGGUUGGAUUAGAAGUCUGGAAUGAUGUGGAUAAGUGUACAGUAACUCAAGAUCCUUUCACCACUCUUCACGAGUUUCUUGAUUGGCGAAAGAUGAAACUACUACCUCGUAAACCACAUGAUAAUGCACAACUAGUCAGCUAUCCGUUUCCUAUGAUGUUCAGCAGCUGCAGCAAGAAGGACUUGGAAAACAGCUUGGAGAAAGGCGUGGGGAUGUGUCUCUUCAACCUUCCAGAGGUUAAGGAAUCAUUUGGUGGCCCCAAAUGUGGGAACGGCUAUGUAGAAGAGGGAGAAGAAUGUGAUUGUGGUGAACCUGAGGAAUGUACAAACCAAUGCUGUAAUGCCACAACCUGUACUUUAAGGCCAGGAGCAGUGUGUGCACAUGGACUUUGCUGUGAAGAUUGCAAGCUGAGGCCAGCAGGGAUUUUAUGCAGGGGUACCAGUAAUUCCUGUGAUCUCCCUGAAUUCUGUACUGGAAGCAAUCCUCAUUGCCCAGCCAAUGUUUACUUGCAUGAUGGGCACUCUUGCUACGGGGUAGAUGGGUACUGCUAUAACGGGAUGUGCCAAACUCAUGAACAACAGUGCAUCACCCUCUGGGGACCAGGCGCUAAACCUGCCCCUGAGAUAUGCUUCCAGAGAGUCAAUUCUGCAGGAGAUCCAUAUGGAAACUGUGGCAAGGAUUCCAAAAGUACUUUUGCCAAAUGUGAACCCAGAGAUUCAAAGUGUGGAAAAAUUCAAUGUCAAGGGGGAGCGAGUCGACCUGUAAUUGGCACCAAUGCUGUCUCAAUAGAAACAAACAUCCCUCUACAAGGAGGAGGCAAAAUUCUGUGCCGAGGAACACAUGUUUACUUGGGGGAUGAUAUGCCUGAUCCGGGCCUUGUCUUGGCUGGAACCAAAUGUGAAGAUGAAAAAAUCUGUCUUAAUCGCCGCUGCCAAAACACCAGUAUAUUUGGUGUUCAUGAAUGUGCGACAAAAUGUCACAGACGUGGGGUCUGCAACAAUAAAAAAAAUUGCCACUGUGAGGCUCAUUGGGGUCCUCCCUUUUGUGACAAGGCAGGAUUUGGUGGCAGUGUUGACAGUGGGCCAGUACGACAAUCUGAUAACAGAAGCUUAAUUGCAAUACUUAUAACCAUCCUGUGCCUUCUGGCGGCCAGUUUACUUGUGUACUUCAAGAGGAAGAUCUUGAUUAGAGUGUUCUUUAUUAAUAAGAAGACUACAAUAGAGAAACUUAGGUCUGUGAGUCAAACAAGGCCUUCCAGUUCAUCUGAAUCUAAUCAUGUUCAUACUGCAGCAUCCAUCAGUAAGAAACUAGCCAAACAGCCACAAAAUUCAACCACACCCAAGAGAAACAACGUACAAUUGCUCCAGUGUCAGAAAAGGGAUAUUAGCUACUUUGUGAAGGCCCAGGAUGUAUCGAAAUGGAGUCCACCAGAGAGGGUCCAGCCACAUCUUUGUGAGCUUUCCAGUCAACAGUCUGUAUUUGGAAAGGUGCUGCCCACCAAGCCCCCUCUGAAAUUUGACCUGGAAUCUUACAAACCAAGUCCUCCUCGGAAGCCUUUGCCAGCUAAUCCUCAGAAGAACAAAGCCGUUCAGUUUGAUCCUGUUUCUAGGACAAUGUUUGAGCUUCCAAAACCUAGGCCUCAAAUUGCUCCUGUCAGGCCUGCACCAAAACCUCCACUUCAUGUGCCUAGGCCCUGCAAUGCUGUCUAUAUGAAAUGAAAUGGGGGGAAAUGACCAUUUUUAUUCUGAAAAAAUAGAAGUUUGCACUAUUUUUCAGCUGGAAAUUAAUAUUUUUAUAUCAACCAAUAGAAUGUUUAAUGUUCUAUAUCCCAUUGUUUUAAGAACUCUGAGCUACUGCCUUUGGUGCUACAGUGUGUGAAGGUGGUUUGCGUCCUUGCUCAGGUACUAAUAAAUUAUUAAUUUAUACUCAUAUUUAUUACAGUGCAGAGCACUGUAGUAAAUAUUAUUUCAUCAUAAUCAAGUUUUCCUAGGAUGGAAGCCAUUUUUAUGACAUUUAAGCAGUCUUGAACCAUCCUUCAUUUUAAAUUUCACAGCAGGCUAUAUAUAUAUAAUACCUCUCAGUGUUUGUUGUUCCAUUUAGAUCUAUUCUUUGUAGGAUGCUGACUAGGACUGAAAUAAAAUUGCUGAGAUCAAGGGACCAAUGAAAGUUCAAAUACAGCUAUGUUUUUAUGGUUUGCCAAUAAAAGGCAAAAUGGAGGCAAAAUGUAAUUUGUGGUGUACAAUUUACAGGAAGGUAAAGCAAACAACUGCCAAUGCUGUUCCUAUUGACAUUCCAUUAGAAAGAUGGAAAAAUACUAUUUGCAAAAAUCAAGAAAUACUGUUUUUCUUAUAAUUUGAAAGUUUAUAGUGAGCAAAGGCAACCAAAAAAUCACUGUAAUUAUGCAUGUACCAAAUGGAAGUCCAACCUACCUCUAGUGAACUGUGCAUAUGGAACAUAACCAUCUUUGGAGAAAAUAAUAUAAAAUGUCAGUUGUACAAAAGUUAUUUCCAUCAUCAUGGUACAGAUGCACGUUAAAUAUACACUGAAUUAUCUCUUGAGGCUUAAAUACCUAUCCCAAGAUCAGCAGUUUUAUCCAGUACCCAGAAUCCAUUUUCAAUUGUAAGAGUCUCAAGUAUAUUUCUUGUAUUUAUUUCAGUUCUAUAACAUGUCAGUCAUCUGUUCCAGAAUUACAAUGGGUUAGAGAAAUCUUCAGAUUAAUUGUACUAACACAAGUGAUUUCUUUUUUGUAAUACACAAAAAUAUAGUUAUCCAUAACUGUAUAUCCUAACUCACUGUACUGUAAUGUUAAAUGCCUGUUUUCCAAGAUAGUGUAUAGAUUUUCAAAUAGCUUUUAAAGUACUGUAUAUUGAACACCAUUUUAAUUAGAAAUGGUGUGUAAUUUCUAUCAUAAUGUAUUUUUCAAUUUUUUCGGUCUUCAGUGUUUAUGUAUCUGUAUGUGUGUGAGUAUAGAUAUAUACACAUCUGCAUGCACACGAUGCCCAUGAUGCAUCGAUGCCACAUGAUGCCACACAAUGCCCAUGAUGCUCACACUUUGAUGGUUUCCACCAAUACAGCACAAGCUGCUUAUCCUUUUCUUACUUUGUGAUGCAACAGACCAUAUAGCCAUAAAACCUAUAGGUAGCUUUAUAGUUCCGUAACACCCAGUUCAGAUGCUUACCUACCAUUUAUAUGAUAUUUUCAUGUGCAGAAUAGCAAGUAACUCAGCAUGGGUUUACAACCAUAUUGUAGCAGUAAUAUUUAAAAAAAAAUGUAGCUGUGCACUGUAACAAAAAUGCAUUGUUUCAUACUAAAAGAAAAAAUCAACCCAGUAAAAUAUUUUGUGAAAACCGAGAAUACUCACGUGAGAGUACAGUGUUUAGCACUUACAAAGAGUAGAUUCCUAUAGAGGUGCUGUUUGAGUUAAGCUACCAUAUUUAGGCUGAAAAAUAGCAGACAGCUAGAUGGCAACAAGGAGAUACACAACUCAUUUUGUUGUUGUUGCAGCUCUCUGGUAAUCAUUCACCCAGUCUUUUGUCUUUCUCAGACAUGUGACUCUGCCAUGCCAUCACUUUUAACUCUUCAUCUCCAUAUGUCCACUGAUUUUAUAAAAAUAAUUUAAUCAGUUCUUAUAUGAGGGCUGUUGCAUGCCAAACAAUUUGAAGAAUUCAACACUUCAAAAACAUUUUGAUAUUUACCUGCCUUCCUCUUAUGCUGUUCAUUAGUUUAAUGCAUGGUGAUGACCAAAUAUGUAGCUCUGUAAUUAGCUACAAUAGAAAAGGUAAAGGUUUCUCCUGUCCAGUCGUAUCUGACUCUAGUGGACAGUGUUCAUCUAUGUUGCUUAGCCAAGGGAGCCUUCAUUAUCUGAAGAUAUACUUGGAUCAUCUCCAAUUAUAAAGAACCACACUUAAGAGGGCAGAAUUCUAGUGCUUUUAUGAAAAUGGCAAAUUUUGAGUUCAGCUAUCCCAGUAGUAUGUACACUGAUCACUUAGAUUUCUGAGAGAGAAGUAAGUCAUUUCCAAUUUGUCUUCCUAAAAUUUAUUGAAUUUCCCAUGCCUCUAAUGUAAAUGUAGGCUCUUUCAUAUGCUGUCCCUUUAUGGUCAGAAAGUCUCUACCAUUUAUUUUCUCCCCUGAUAACUAGCAAAACGGCAAUUCAAGGCUUAUUUCAUUAGCAGCAUGGAUUACUGACCUACCAUCUAAAGGAUAUCAUUAACAUUAUUUUAGCCCAAACAGCAGCUGGGAAGCAUAAGAUAAAUAUAUUUGUCCUUGGUUUAGCAAGUUUAUAAAAAAUAACUGCAUUUUUUUAAGUGACAGAGCUACAUUUAUUUUUUCCUUUCUCAUAAAAAUACUUAAUCAAUUGGAUCCCUAUAUUUUACAUAUUUCCUAUUAUUAUAAAUUGACCAAUAAUAUCAUCUGUUAAUACAUAAAACUGCUUUGAAUUCCCAGACCUUGGGUCAUUCCAGUUGUAUAUGUAACAUGUUAUUUUCCAAAGUCACUUAUCUUUGCUUCCUAAUAGAGAGAACCAAGACAAAAUGAUCUUUAUUUCUUUUUUGGUGCCUAAUUUAACUUUUCAAUUAUUAUGCUCUGUAUCUAGGCAACAAGAGCAGUGAUACCUAGAAAGAAAUCAGUUAAAAAUAUCCGUAUCUC